AUGGGUUCAAUAUGGUCUUCAUCUGAUUCAUCACUAUCAUCAUCUGAUUUAUCUGUUGCUGAUCAUAUUCAACAAUUAAUUCAUAAAUAUCCAGUUAUGGUUUUUUCAAAAUCUUAUUGUCCUUAUUCAUCAAAAGCAAAAAAUAUUUUAUCAAAAUAUAAAUUAGAUAAGAAUUAUCAUGUACUUGAACUUGAUCAAUUGCCAUCAAGAGCUGAUCAAUAUCAAAAUGAACUUGGAAAAUUAACAGGUGCACAAACUGUACCACGAGUAUUUAUUAAUGGAAAAUGUAUUGGUGGUGGUGAUGAUACAAUGGCAUUAGAAAAACGAGGUGAUUUAGAACGAUUGUUAAGAGAAGCUAAAGCUAUUGUUGAUUUAUAA